ACCAUUAAAGAAGUUUCUAUAACAACAACGUACGCCGACUGUUGAUGCUUUUGGUGGUAUGUUAUUCGACAGAAAUCGACUUAAAUCCACACUAUAGUAACAAGUAUAACUCGAAUUAAUGAAUGAAUAGGCUCCGUUUGUAAACAUGUUAUAGCAAAGACCUAAAUCAGCCACAAACAACGUGAAUUGAUUGCACGAAAAAUACGAAUGGGUAAACGUGUUGAAAAGGCUUUGAAGGCAGGUGGACCAACCUCAGCUUCUUCCCGCGCCUGGCGAUGACUGCUCCACCCGUGAGCCAUACACAUGUACCGGGAAUUUUCCAGAUGAUUUUGCAGAGUUAUGGCAGCGAUCUGGACUCGAUAAAGAACAUGUACCAGUUGUAAAACCGCGGGCAAAGAGACCUGCGACCCCAACUGCAGAUGAUGCAAAAACUACACCAGAGGGAGAAGAAGUAGAAAAAGUUGAAGAAGAAUUGCCACCAACCACUUACACAGUUGUGGAUAACCUCACCAUUAUUAAGCCAAGUAUUCAUGUUGAGUUUGAUGUGGAAGAUACAAAGCAGAUGCAGAUCAACCAUGCUAAAGAACUUUUCAUUAGAAGCUGGAAGGUGGAGGAAAAAGUCCUUGGGAUUCUAAAGAUGUGUAUCCUUGAGCGUCUUCAAUGCAUCAACCUAUGGAAUGUUGGACUGACAGAACACACAUUGAAAAUUCUAAGCAGUUUGCUACCAAGUCUUCCUAGUAUUAAAAGUUUGGUGUUAGAUGGAAACCCCAUACCUGGAUCAGAACCUUACUACCUUGUAAUGGGUGAAGACAGCCCCAUACAGCAUCUGUCAUUGAGAAACAACCAAAUCACUGACCAGGGAGCUGAAAUGAUUGGAAAAGCCCUUGGCACGACUUUCACACAGAACAGAUGUUUGGCCACGUUAAACUUAAGUUUCAACAAUAUAUCGGAUGCUGGCGCUAAACAUAUUGCACAGGGAAUACGGAUGAACCGUGUGUUGUUAUCCCUCUCUCUCGCAUCGAACAACAUCUCAGAUGAAGGUUGUCAAUAUAUUUGUAAUGCUCUGCAACGAUUCUCCCUCACACAUGAAGAAGUUGUUCAAAGAAGAAAGCUUCUCUCACAGGGUGGUUUUCGUGGAGGUUCAGGACUAGGCUCACGCCGAACUGAUUCCAAGGAUCGUCCAAGCAGCAACAGGAGUGGCUCCCAAAUGAGGACUAGUCGUGGAUCUUCCAAGAAGAAACCAGAUGCGGGGAAGAAGGAUGCAGAGAAAACACCGAAGAAAGAUGAGAAAGGGAAGAAGGGAGAAAUCUCGAAAAUGAAUUCAAGAUUGUCCGUGACCAGUGAGACACCAAAAGGAACAAAGGGGAAAAAAUCUGGAGGUGCUGGUGGAAAGGAUGGUGGAAAACGAGCUAUGACACUCAGUGUGACUCAGGACUCUGAAAAUCCAGAUCUUCCGGAGUUUGUGCAUCCUCUUAUGGACCAUCAAGCAGAACACACUGAAGGAAAAGUCUUUAUUCCUGGCUGCAUGACUCUGGUUAAUCUCAAUUUAUCAAGAAAUAAAAUUGGUAAACAAGGCAUGGAAUACCUUCUCUCCAUGAUUCAGUACCAAGCUAAUCGACAUCGAAUUCUUGCAGCCACCCCAACUGCACCUGGACUACUUAAACUUCACAUUCAGAGAAACGCUGUAUCAGAACAACACCCUACCUAUGUUAAAAUUCAAGAAACCAUGGUAACAAGAGACCCAACCUACAAACCAGAAGCAAAAACACCAGAAGAUGAUAUACAGUCUGUUGUUGGCUAAACUAAAUACUCUUCCACAGAAAACUUGUUUUGAUUCUUUUAGUUGUCUUCCUCUUUCACAUUUUUACAAGUUACCUUAUUAGCAACUGUGCUAGUAUUUUUUUAGCAUCUGACAGGCAAAAGGGUAAUUUUCACAUUCUUACUAACAUCUAGUUUUAUACCUACUUGUGUAACAUGUUUAAGGCAUUGUGUAAUGGGUUAUUGCAAAUUUUUGCAUAUAUGCUUCACUUUUCUUAGAAAUUUUAAAAGGGCUUGCAGCUGUUAUGUAC